GCUAGCAGAAUGAAACUCGAGUUGUCUCGGGUUCUCCAGGGAGGAAGCCGCCUAGGUGUCCUCAAGGGGCUCGGCAGGACAGGGCAGCACUCGCUGGAGGUACCGGGCUGUCUUUUGUACUCACGCUGCGGUACUGUUCCCCACCUGACCCAAGAUACGCUUCACACCUUGGACAGGCUUCCAUCUGUCACACAAGUCUCAUUGGACCAUUUAGCAGAGCACAAGGAAGUGUUGGAAGAUUUCAAGGAAGGAUUUAAGAAGUUUGCAGGUCUUCAUGACACAGUGUUGUUUUGCUCGCUGCAUGACCCCGCAAGCCGCAGCCCCACCGGCUACACAACCAACAAGACCGUGUCCGUGUGGGGAAGUGGCGGGCGUAUCGAGCUGACGGCAUCCAAGUUCAUGGACCUGCAGAAGCUGGUUCGGCCCGACUGCUACGUGAGCAUGGCCGACGGCGAGACCUGGCAAGACAACACCUCCCGCAAACGGGUCCGCAAGUCAGUAGAGCGGACCCUCGCCCACUUGGACGAGUGCCUGCUUGUGCACCAAAAGUCGCAGGAGCUGAAGGCAGCGGUGCUGUUUGGUGCGGUGGAGGGCGGCGAUGUCCUGGAGGAAAGGGUGCGCUCGGCUAGAGAGACAGCCAAACGGCCUGUGGCGGGUUUCUGCCUGGACGGCCUCCAGAUGGGCCGCAUGGACGGCGCCUUGAGGGUUCAGCUUAUCGGCGCCGUCACCAAGGAGCUGCCUGAGGACAAGCCCAGACUUGUGCAGGGUGUGGGCCGACCUGAUGAAGUACUGGCAUGUGUGGAGGCCGGCGUGGACCUCUUUGAAGGUUUCUUCCCCUUUCUGGUCACGGAGCGAGGCUGUGCCCUGUGCUUCCGCUUUGACACUGCUAUUGACCCUGAGAGUUGUGAUGCAACUCCCCCUUCAGAGAACGUGGCGGAACACAACGGUGAUCACAAUCCCGACGAUCCAACGCGUGUGACGCGUUUUGAGAUGGAUCUUAAAGACAAAAGGUACCGCGACGACUUUCGACCUCUUGUGGACGGUUGCGGCUGCUACUGCUGUAGGAACCACCGCAGGGCGUAUGUGCAUCACCUGCUGGCCACCAAUGAGCUGCUAGCGGGGGUGUUGCUCAUGCUCCACAACACGGCCCACUAUUUGGCCUUCUUCAUGGCCCUCCGAGAUGCACUGGCCACCGAUAAAGUGGACCUCCUGAAAAGGCGGAUCCUGGGUCGGACGGAAGCUAAUGCGUAA